GGGAUGCGCGCGAGGCCAAGACGGCGGGCGCGGGGCGGCACAGCUCGCCGGCUCCGGCGGGCAGCACGGCGGCCCUAGCCUGCGACUCCGGGGAUUCUCUUCCGGCCACACCGCCUGUGAAGCUACACAGCGCCGCAUGUGUCCCCACGCGAGUCCCAGUCCCGCUGGCCGCGCCUAGGGGCAGCGGUCGUUGCCUGGGGAAGACCCCGGCUUCCCGCUCCAUCCAAGGCGACUCCAGCACCACCGGGCCCUGCAGAGGCCCGUGCAGAAGGGACCAUGAAAGUGAGAUCGGCUGGCAGUGAUAGGGAUGUACUGUGUGUUACUGAAGAGGACCCGGCUGGUGAGGACGAGGACAUGCCAUCCUUCCCAUGCACCCAAGAAGACUCGCCAGGACCCCGCUGCAGCCGGUGUCAGAAGAACCUGUCUCUGCACACGUCGGUGAGGAUUCUGUACCUCUUCCUGGCUCUGCUUCUGGUGGCUGUGGCUGUGCUGGCCUCUCUGGUUUUCAGGAAGGUGGACUCUCUCGCAGAAGACAUCUCCUUGGCCCAGUCCAUCUAUAAUAAGAAGCUUGUGUCAAUGCAAGAAAAUCUUCAAGGACUGGACCCAAAAGCCCUGAACAAUUGCUCCUUUUGCCGUGAGGCUGAGCAGCUGGGGCAGGAGAUCAGAAAGCUCCAAGAGGAGCUGGAGGGGCUUCAGAAGAUGCUGCUGGCCCAGGAGGUCCAGCUGGACCAGACCUCCCAGGCCCAGGAGCUGCUCUCCACCACAAGCAGUCAAAUCUCCCAGGAGAUGGGCAGUUGUUCCUUCUCCGUCCACCAGGUAAAUCAGUCCCUGGGACUCUUCCUGGCACAGGUGAGGGGCUGGCAGGCCACCACAGCAGGCAUGGACACCACCCUGAAGGACCUCACCCAGGAGUGCUAUGAUGUCAGGGCUGCUGUCCACCAGAUCAACUUCACAGUGGGCCAGACCGCUGAGUGGAUCCAUAGCAUCCAGCGGAAGACAGACGAGGAGACUCUGACCCUACAGAAGAUGGUCACGGACUGGCAGAACUACACCAGGCUCUUUGGGGGUCUGCGCAGCACUUCUGCCAAGACUGGAGAAAUGAUUAAGACCAUUCAGGCCACCCUGGGGGCAUCCUCACAGCGUAUCAGCCAGAAUUCUGAGAGCAUGCAUGACCUGGUGUUGCAGGUCAUGGGCCUUCAGCUACAGCUGGACAACAUCUCCUCCUUUUUGGAUGACCAUGAGGAGAACAUGCAUGAUCUCCAAUACCACACCCGAUAUGCCCAGAACCGCACAGUGGAGAGAUUCGAGUCUCUAGAAGGACGUAUGGCUUCUCAUGAGAUUGAAAUUGGCACCAUCUUCACCAAUAUCAAUGCCACCGACAACCACGUGCACAGCAUGCUCAAGUACCUGGACGAUGUGCGGCUGUCCUGCACACUGGGCUUCCACACCCAUGCCGAGGAACUCUACUACCUAAAUAAGUCCGUCUCCCUCAUGCUGGGCACCACAGACUUGCUCAGGGAGCGCUUCGCUUUGCUCAGUGCACGGCUGGACUUCAAUGUCCGAAACCUCUCCAUGAUCAUGGAGGAGAUGAAGGCCGUGGACACACAGCAUGGAGAAAUCCUUCGGAACGUCACCAUCCUGCGAGGUGUCCCCGGCCCUCCAGGACCAAGAGGACUCAAAGGAGAUACGGGCACAAAAGGACCUCUUGGUAGCAGAGGACCGAAAGGGGAUUCUGGCAGCCUGGGGCCCCCAGGACCACAGGGUCCUCAGGGGCAGCCUGGAGAGCCAGGACCUGUGGGAGAAAGAGGGCCAACUGGCCCCCGCGGCUUUCAAGGAUUCAAAGGCGCAAAGGGUAGCUAUGGCACUGGAGGGCCAAGGGGGCAGCCAGGCCCCAAAGGAGAUGUGGGGCCCCCAGGGCCAGACGGGCCCCCAGGGUCUCCAGGACCCUCAGGGCCUCAGGGAAAACCAGGGAUAUCAGGAAAGACAGGCUCACCAGGCCAACGGGGGGCCACAGGGCCUAAGGGUGAACCAGGCAUCCAGGGUCCCCCUGGAUUACCUGGGCCUCCAGGCCCUCCAGGGAACCAGAGCCCCUACUGAAGAAGGUCUUUGGGCCUGAUGAUGCAAUGCAGGUUGGGGUCAGAGAAAGCACCAGAAGGGCCUACUAUCUACAGACAAUUAUUGUUCUUUGGUCUUGAUAUGAGGGUGUCUCUUAGAACUGACUGUCUAGCCUUAAGCUCCCCGAUAAUGACUGUACCAUAGGGAAACAGCUCACUGCCCAACCCCAUUUCUCUGCUGGCCAGUGGUGGGGCACCUACUAGGUUUCCAUGGCUGGUUAGAAGGAGAGGGAAGAAGACACACAACCCCAUGACAGCCUCCUGGGGAGGUGGCUACCUGGGGAAGAAUGUCUUAGACCUCUCUGAUGGUAACCAGCUCAGUCUCUGCAGUGACUUAACACCCAUGCUAACCAGAAGCUUCUUUCUAGUCUUGAAAAUAAUCCAGGGAAACCUUUGGGGCAUUAUAGAUGAGACUCCAGGGAGCCUCUCCCAACAGCCAUGGGAACAGAGUCACGGGGAGUUGCCCUGCUCCACACAGGGCAGGAGAACUCUGACUGACUGGCAUUCUCAGGCCCCGUGCUAGGGCCUCUGACAAGUUCAGAACAUUCCUCUCUUCAGCCUUACCUCUGCACCUCAGGAGUGACCUGGAAAGAACCCAAGCAGGGUUUCAUCGGCAGGGAGAGAGCCUGCAGGUCCCAGAACAUUCUGCUUGCCUGCUGUCCAGCUCCCAGGAAGACCGCAGGGAUGGAGGUGGAAGGACAAGGCAGGGAUGAAGCCUCUCUGUGAAGCCAUCCCUUGUUCAACCUAGGCUGCCAUGCCAUGUUCUCACGGGGCUUCCCUGUGGUGGCCAGGGAGGAAGAAGCUGUUCCAGGGUCCACCCCUGAUAACAGGGUAGCUCUUGCCUCCUACUCUUGGCUGUCCUAUCCACAGAUGCACAUUGACCUCACCCCACCAUGACCUAAGAUGACUGGAGCUCUUGCCCACGUGAGCAGCAAGCUGGACCAGGCAUGGGAAGAGCGUGGACAUGCACAAGGAGCCUUUGACAUUACUUCUCGUCUUUCAUGAACUUCUCGCAUACACUGGCAGAAAGGGAUGCUGGGAGAGGCCUGCGUUGUCUCCAGUCACUUUCCAUAAAGCUGCCCUGCUCCUUCAGACUCCAGCAGACUUAGACCGUCCUGGGCAAAGGACAGCACUGUCUGCUCCCUUGUACAGCCUCAGAGAGACCUGUCUUCUUCAUGCCCAAAGCCUCUGUGCCAUCUUCAUCCUCAACAUCAGUGUGCAACUGGCUUGCAUGACCCACCUACCCCCUGCUGUAUAAUUGUCCUGUCUACAUAUGAUAAUAUCACACGACGCAGUAUCACUGACCCAGUAAAGAGCUGUUUC